GGGUACGGUUGCCGUACGUUAGUGUACUGUAAAUGGGCGCGCCAUUGAUGAUUCAGCUAGCUCUCUGUACCAUACCAAGAACCGCGUACAGAGCGGUACCCCUUCACGGGAUUGCCGUCCUUUUCAGUAUUCCUACCGUAAUCCAAAACAAAAAACUGUACGGUAGAGCGAAACAAAACAGACGGAACGCAACCUGUCCCACCAAUCAACAGAAGAAACCGUGGACGACCGACUCGCUMUGUUUCAGAUACACAGCAAGAAACUCCCAGACGACACGAUACUCCCUUCGAAGUAUUGCUUGGUUUGUUGGGACGCUCGAGAGGUUGCUUGCACCACAACAUGAAACUGCGCCACUCCACCCGUCGAUUGCUCUCCGUAUCUUCCCUCCUCGCCGUGUCCUCCACCUUUUCGGGACCCAUCGCCACAAACACAAACGCAAACGCAAACGCAAACGCAAACGCAAACGCAAACACCGCUAGGUCCUUUUCGUCGUCUUUUUCCUCCCUCUUUGCGUCCGCCAUGGCCGUUUCCCCUUCUUCCAAAACGAGCGUCCGCGUGGCCUCGUACAACGUUCUCUCCUCCCACCUCUCGGGGGCCGACCACUUUUCGACCCUCGACCCGGAGCACCUGCUGGCGGCCAACCGGCUCCCGGUCGUCCUGGAAAAGCUCGACGCCGAGAUGGAGAAGUCCGCGAUCCUCUGCCUCCAGGAGGUCUCCCACGACUGGGCCGGGUCCCUCCACGCCCACCUGGCCAACAAGGGAUACCACUUUGUGACGGGCCUGUACGGGAAGCGAUUCAACGGCUACAUGGGGGUCGGGAUUGCCGUUCCGACCAAGGACUACGAGGUCCUGGGCGUGGACAUUUCGAGGCUGGCCGACACGAGGGAGGGCGGGUGGCCCAGGCCCCCGCGCGGGAGCGAGCCCGGGAGGAUCCGCGCCUUUGCCUCGGGCCUUUUGGGCUGGGGGAAGACCUCGGCCCGGACCUUUUUCUCGCUCUUUGAUCUCUGCGAGGCCCAGCCGCGCCCCCCGGUCGACCCCUGGUCGAUGGCCCAGAACCGCUUCAACGAGAUGGUCACGGUCACCCUCGGGGACCGGGCCACCGGUCGGUCCUUUGUCAUUGGGAACUACCACAUGCCCUGCGCCUUUUACGCUCCGGUGGUCAUGACCCUCCACGCCGACCUGGCCGCCCGCCACGUCCAGAGGCUGGCGAAGGAGGCGGGACGAGCGGCGGCUUGCCGCGAAACCGCGACCACCGAACCCAGCGGGAGCCUCCCCUGCGCCCUGGUGGGGGACUUUAACAUCAAGCCCGACGGGUCCUCCUACCGGCUGCUCACCACCGGGGCCAUGGACGCUUGCGAUCCCGAGUGGCCCCCACCGAGGCACGGGACGGAGUGGGCCCCCGGGGGGGCGGAGCCGAUGCGCAGCGCCUACGCGGUCCACGGGGGCGAGCCCGACUUUACCAACUACGCCCGAAUCAAGGAGCAGGACCCCUUUGUCGACACGCUCGACUAUAUUUUCCUGAGCGAGGCCUGGCGGGUCGGGAGCGUGAAGGAGCUGCCCCACCGGGAGGGCUCGGGGGGGCCCUUUCCGAACCUCGACCGGGGGGAGCCGAGCGACCACAUCCUCAUCGCGGCGGACCUGGAGCUGGAGUAGGAGGGAGCGGAGCCCGGAAACGCGAGGCAACAAAAUAUAGAAAGAACGAAUGAAUGAAUGAAAGGAACCGGCCAACGAACAAAGCAGCGAGGCGAUGCGGGUGGUAACGCAAUUCCAUCGACAAUAAGACAAAGCGAAUUCUCUCAAAGGAACACGAGUCUACUUUUGUUGAGCGAUAGAAAGAACCAAUCGAAGGCAGAAAACAAAGGGUAGAUUCGGAGAAUAGAAUACAGCGAUUCUAUUCCAUAGCUCUCGAGUUAUGCAUCCUAUGAUUAUCAACUAUAAUAACAAUUAUUAUUUCAAAUGGAACAGGUAUGUAGCGAUUUGCUAUAAAUAAUGGAGACAGCCCGACUGGAUAUUCGAUUCGAUUCGAUUCGAUUCGAUUCGAUUUUUGGUUUUUCGUCUCGAUUAGAAAUCAAUGCAAUACAAUAUCACACACACA